AUGACGUCCCAAAGCCCAGCAACGCUUGCGAACGACAAGCUCUUCCCCAAGGAGGUACCCGAAAUUUCCGAUGACGACUCACGCAUGUACAAGAUCUCCCCAAUUGCCGACUUGAUCAGGAACAAGAUCCGCCUCUGGACCGACUCCGGGGCGCAGAAGGACGGUCCAACACUCACUCCACCGGGCGAAAAGCUGCAGAGCAAGACGGAGCACCACCGGGACGCGAACAUAGCUCAAAUGCCCUUGUACCCCUUUGAACCAAUGUUCCAGAGCUUGUCUGUCCUGAACCCGGGCUUCAGGUUUGAUGGUGUCGACCUGGUCAUCAACCGUAACUCACUCUCUCACCUGUUGCGCUUCGUCCACGGCGUGGUCAAGCAGGAUUUCCGUUUUGAUCUGGCCGUGGUGCACAACACUCUCAUCGUCACGCCUGCGUUGGAGAGGGUGUCUGAGAGGGUACGGGAUAAGGCCAACCGCGGCCGUGACUUCGAAGACAUGCUUCUUCAACGCCGGCUGCAGGAUAGUGCCACCUACCACCGUGCGAUCCGGUACGACCUGGGCCCUCUGAACUGCGCAGUCCUGUCAGAACUCGACGCUGCUUUGCCAGCCUCUGCGGAGGCGAUGGCUUCGCACAAUACGCGAUGGGAAUUCCACCCCAAGCCUAGCUCUGUGCCGCUCAGAGAGCUCUCAGAUGAGUGGCAGCCCAACACCCGGGCAGAGGAAAUCCUGUUCGCGCCUCGAGGCCAGACAGCCUCUGAGGAACCUAGACUAUGGCACCAGCCCCGCUCUGAGGUGAUUCCAAGGGGCACCGGAACCCUCAGCAAAGACGCGGCGGAGCUCUCCGCGAGCGGCCUAUCCGGAAUCAGGAAGAUGCCCCAGCUGUGGCUCGGCAGGGUCCCUUCCCUGGUCCGUGGGAAAUACAGCGGAGGCUCUUUCACGAGCGUUGACGUGGUCCAAGUCGCAACAUCUUUCGUCGCCUACGAGAAUAGAGUCCAGGAUCGUCUCCAGAAGCUGGUAACGCUGAUCGCCACGCUCAAAGAGUUUGCCAGGGACGCCACCGACCAGAGGUGCAUUGCAAUAUGCGACAGGACGGUGCAGCCGCGUGAGCUGAGGAUUUUCCAUCACCACAAGACCCCUCCGCUCCCGCUCCCUGCUGAUAUGCGGAGGCACUUCUGGACGAGCAAUGACAUGGGGAAUACGGACACGCAUGCUCCCUUGCAAUCGGCCAUCAAAGGGUCCAAUUAA